UGAUUUCUAAAACCUUCAACCAACCCAAAGCCCAAGAUGCAAUAUUGGGGACGCAACACGUUAUGUCUCUUCUCUGUCAGCUUCCUCUGCCAUGCUAAGGGUUUAGCGACCCCAGACCAUUGCGGAAAAGCUUGUCGACAAACAUUUCGGACUCUCCGAUUUGCCGAUGCCCCUCCGGGUGUUUUCUUCACGGUGCAGGAAUGCACCAGUCUCAUUUAUCAGACUUCGCUUCAUCUUUGCUGGGAAAUACAUUGCGCUGAGGAUGUUUGGCGGGCGGAGACAGCCUCAAUGAACCUGACCUGUCACGAUAGCAGCGGUUCUGAUCUUCUACCACAUAGCAUCAUCAACAAUCUUACAGAUCACGACAUCGAGACUAUCACAAGAUUCAAUGCCACAAGCCCGGAUCGAUCCCAUGUGUAUGGAGCUUUGAUGCUUCCAUCGCAGUCAUACUAUGAUCUAUGGGUCAGAACGCUGGACACUCAUGAUUACAUAUGGGACUACCACAACUAUUACGGCUGGGCCAUGGGGAUAUUCUGGGCGUUGGUAGUCGGAGUAGGUAUCACGAACCGGGCCCUGGGGCAAUCGUUCUCCAGUCCAGGUCGAAGGACGUCUUGGGUAAAGCGUCAUAUCCUUCUACCCGCAACUCUUGGCAGACGCUGUGUACAAGACUAUGGGGGCUGGGGUACCCUGCCUCCCAGGAUACAGACAUUAACCCUGAUUCUUUUCGUGGUCCUCAACAUAGCAUGUACUAUACACGGAUACGAGAUAUUUGAAGGUUAUGGCUACUAUCCUUCUAUCUGGACACAAGUACUGCGACACGUAUCUGAUCGAACUGGGAUACUCUCCUUCGCUAACUUUCCAUUGAUAUGGCUGUUCGGAAUGAGGAAUAAUCUCGUUAUCUGGUUAACAGGAUGGGAUUUCAAGACUUAUAACAACUUCCAUCGAUGGGUUGGCCGAAUCGCUACAGUACAGGCUGUGAUACACUCAAUCGGAUAUACUAUAAUAAUUCUGCAACGUGGUGGGUGGAAGUACUUUUGUCAAAUAUGGGCAUUCACCUUUUGGUGGACUGGGGAGCUUGCCACAAUAUUCAUCUGUCUGCUAGUGGCAUUAUCGAUGUUUUGUGUACGGCGUGGAAAUUAUGAAUUCUUUCUCCUCACGCACAUCAUUUUAUCAGUUUGGAUCCUCGUCACUAUGCUCGGACACGUGUCGAUAUUUAGUGGUGCCUAUGAUCCUCUUGUGUGGGUUCCAGCACUAAUUUGGCUCCUUGAUCGGGUCAUUCGUGGCAUGCGCAUCAUGGCCUUUAACCCGAAAUUCUGGGACACCAAGGCUCUCAUCACUUACAACGAAGACGCACACAUGAUCCGUGUGACAGUUCCGACCUGUUCAAGUCUCUACAGUAUUGAGCCAGGCACAUUCUACUAUAUCAUGGUGCUCAAUCAACGGAACUUUUGGGAAAGCCAUCCUUUCACAGUAGCGACUAUCUCGGGAUCCGGUCGAUGCGACACAGAUACUUUAGAAGAAGACGCACCGCUGCUGAACCAUGGAUCCUCUGGUGAAGUGGGACCUGCAUCCGGGAAGUCCCAACGAGAAAUGACCUUCUUGAUUCGGCCAUAUGAUAGCUUCACUUCGCGACUAAGGGCGUAUGCCGAAGAAGAACGACCGAAACCGGCGACGGCCCGUGUGGCUAUUGACGGCCCGUACGGAAAGACUCUGCCUCUUCAACGCUUCGAAAAAGCUCUAUUCAUCGUCGGUGGAAGCGGAAUAGCGGUCCCAUUGUCAUAUCUUCACAAACUCACGACACUCUCGAGCAAGCCAUCAAGGAUUGAAGUACACUGGGCUGUGCGACAGUCAGCCUUCGCCGUUGAUGUUCUGAACACUGACUUGAGUGAUAUUCUUGGUAACGAUCGGGUAGAGAUUAACAUCUAUCUGACAGCCGGCGAUGUUGAUGGCAGAAUAGCAUGCGAUGAAACCAUAUACCGACUCGCGGAAUGGAGGUCCAAGCGAUUGAACGUCGAAGAGAUUAUUGACGGAGCAUUGGAGGAUGACUAUGAAGGAAGCAUCGCAGUAGUCACAAGCGGCCCUGCCAAGAUGGCCGAUGAAAGCAGAUGCGUGGUGGCGGCAAGGACAGUGCCAUCUUUGCCGCCUAUUGAGUAUUUUGAGGAAAGCUUCCAGUGGUGAUAAGUUUAAUAUUCAGACACCUUACAGCGACACAACUUGACGAUCUGAAGAAUUAUAUAAGUAUAACUAAGAACCUAGUAACUCAGAACACCAGUUCCUUCUAAUGUCUUGGCCUGGCUUGAACAGUUGGUCUUGUCUCAAUGGGCUCUUGCUCCACUACGACCUCUUACAGCCACUUUGAGGGCAUUGCCUGUUCUGAUUCUAUCUAUCAUAUCUACAUUUUCCAGA